UUUCUGGUUUGUUUUGAUUUUUGUGGUGUUUAAACACUAAUUUGUGUAAAUCAUGUUAAAUCUAUUUCAUUCAUUGCAAUAAGUGUGGAUUAUCUAUUAAGGUGAUUGACAAACAUGGAUUACCAUCUGCAUGUGCUAUAAGAAUGAUUUACAGCAAAGUUUUCUACAGAUCGCAAAAAUUGAACACUCGAAUCUAGUAUUACCGACCUCAGAGCAUGGGUUCCGAACAAUCCCAACUCCAGCAAACGGAGGGUAGCGCCGCACACCGAACUGCAAGUUUGCGUACCCAAUCCAGCAAUGCAACACCAACGCCAAUGCGUUCGUCGACCGGUGCAAAGCUGCUUCGCGGAAACACCAUUGCAGCGACGGAAAUAUCGGCACUCAGUUUGGAGGAUGGCGGUGGACCUUCCUAUUCAGGCACACCUUCCUCUGCCUACAUCUGUGAUUCGCGACCGGUGUCGCCUCCGAUGAGUGUGUGUUCCGAUUCCGAUCUACCAUACAUAUCAUACACCGAUCGGCCCAUAGGAGAUUCGCCUAAAUUACGUAAUAAGCAGCAGACGAAGAGUGGUGGGAAGAUACGUCCCAACAGUGUCAUCGUGGGCAGAACACAGGAAACGGUCCGCAACAACAGCGGCAGUGCCGGCAUUGGUAGGACCCGGCCAAACUCGACUGCGCACAACAUCGUAGUGGUAAAGUCGGCCACCGUUAAGGAGACUAGCGUCGAAAAAGAUGAGGACAUCGUGCGGCUACAGAGCAUUCCACAGUUCCUACCGGUGAUGCGAGGUACCCUUUCCCUGCCGGCUAAUCGUGAUCCGGAGGUGCUCGAACGACUCCAGCCAUCGCACAUGGCGAACAUGUGCAGCCGAUUGCAGACGCAUUUCAACACCUGUGCCACCCAGGUCGGAGCUGAGCAGCACCAGAUUACAAACAAGAUUAAAGAGGUGGACCAAGAAAUCUCCAGCGCGCUGGCGCAGCUGGUGCAGAAGCAGAAACUCUAUACCUCCUACGCGGAGACAUUUUCCAAGGUGCGGCUCAUAUCGCAGCAGCUAACCAGAUGUAAUGACAUUCUCAAUCAGAACAUUGAAAGCAUGGAGUAUUUGAAUAAUCUGCUCGACGUAGAGGACCGAUUGGAGCCGUUCGUGUGGAAAACGGAAUAGUUGGUAAAGGCCAGAAUGGCAACGUCGAUCAUUCAGUAUGUGUAAAUAGUAUAUAGGUAGUAAUAUUGUGCACUAGAUUUCGUUGCUUGCAUGCUUAUAAUGUUCUGGGUUAUUUAAGGAAAAUAAAACUGACAAUUUAUUGCA